AUGAGGAACCACACAGAGCUGACUGAGUUCAUCCUGCUGGGAAUCCCGCAGGCCCAGGGAGUGGAAAUGGUGCUCUUUCUCCUUUUCCUGUUCAUUUACCUCUUUGCCUUGAUUGGAAAUUUACUUAUCCUGACAGCAAUUGUUUCCUCCUCUGCUCUUCACACACCCAUGUACUUUUUUUUAGGUCUACUGGCCAUAUUUGACAUAGUUUUACCAGCUGUAACCUGCCCUAAAAUGCUGUUCUAUCUCUCUGGCCAGAGCCGAGCCAUUUCUUACCAGGGCUGUGCCACCCAGCUCUUCUUCUAUCAUUUACUGGGGUGUACUGAAGGCUGCCUCUAUUCUGUGAUGUCCUAUGAUCGCUUUGUGGCCAUCUGUUACCCCUUGAGGUAUUCACUCAUCAUGAGAUCUGAAGUCUGUGCGGGUUUGGUCAUAGCAGCCUGGACACUGGGCUGUGUUCAUGCUUCCAUCCUAACUGCUUUCACUUUUAGACUGACCUACUGUGGCCCGAAUCAGGUGGAUUACUUCUUCUGUGACAUCCCUGCUGUCUUGCCCUUGGCAUGUGAUGAUACCUCGCUGGUCCAAAUAAUGAGUUUUACAGCUGUUAGCUUUUUGGCUCUACUAUUUUGGUUCAUUAUUUGUAUUUCCUACAUAUGCAUUGGAAUUGCCAUUUUGAGAAUCCGCUCAACAGAAGGCAGGAAGAAAGCCUUUUCCACCUGCAGCGCCCACCUCGCUGCUGUCCUCUGUUACCUCGCUCCUGUGAUCAUCAUCUAUUUGCAGCCCACACCCAACCACUUGGUGGAUGCCAUCGUGCAAAUAUUUACUAAUAUUGUCUCUCCCAUGCUGAACUCAUUGAUCUUUUCCUUAAGAAACAAAGAAGUAAAAAGCUCCCUGAGAAGAGUGUUUCACAAAAUAGUACAUACAUCUCAAGAAUAA